AUGAUCACUGGUAUUGACGACGAAAGUAGCGAAGAGUAUCAUAGCUAUGCUCUACGCAUCUUGAUCCCCAUCCUUGAUGACCCGAUGUCAUCCUUAGAUGAAAAUCUUCUGGCAGCAGCUGUCCUUUUACGGUUGUACGAGGAGAUGUGUGACACAACUGAUGAGGACUUUGCCAAUCGGAUUAUUCUUCUUUGCUGUCAGGUAUUGGCCACCUGUUUUAGCCCGGGUGCACAGCCCGACUACGAAACGUGGGCGCAUCUUGGUAAGGAGGUUGCGAGCUGGCAUGAUUCUAUACCGUCGCACUAUUCUCCUUAUCAUCAUUCUGAUGUCAAGAGUACUUCUACUGGGGUCAAAUCGGCUUUUCCUAUUGUAUGGAUGAUGAAUCCUGCUCAAGUAAUGGGAUAUCAACACUAUUGUCUGGCUCGCAUUCUGCUGCACAUCUCAGAGCCCAGACUAUGGGUGUCUAGUUUAAGAACUAUCGAGCAUCGGGUAGCCGCAGAUAAAGCGGCCAUGAAGGACCUCCAUAUCGCUAUCGGUCUUGGCAUCCAUAACCCUUCGGUAGUUGGUGCUGGGUUCACCGUACAUCAUCUACUUUUUACUUGUGAGCUCUGGAUCACCUCUUACUAA